ACAUUCUAUAUUUGGGUGAAGUCAUUGAUUGUUUAAUUGAUCCGUACUUUGAAAAUUCUUUACUGUGAGGGUUAAGUUUAUUUUACUUUACAAGAGUCUAUCAUUUUUUGUACACUGUUAAGUGUUAACUGCUUCUGUGUUAUCCUCGUUGGAAUCAUUGGCUAAAGGAGUUGUAUGCUUCUCCCAUAAAUUCAACCUUCAAGAACUGCAGGAUCGCUGGUAUUCAUUGCUAUAUGACUCAGAGACCUCAGCACAAGCAUCUGCUCACAUGGCCAAGUAUGAGAUGGAGCUUUCAGUCUCCGAUCCUGCUAAAACAGUGAAGCUUUUCAACUCAAAGACAAAAUGCUUCUCCCUCUGCAAGCGGAAAAUGGAUAGUGUAAAGAAUCAGUAUUAUGCAAUAAGAAAGAGAGUUUGCCAUGAACCAUGUUCAUCUGCCGAUUUUGGUUGUGUUAUUGCACUCUGCUCAUGUAAUUCUACUGAUGGCAGUGGUUGUGUAUGUGGAGGCAAUCAUUUGGUUCACAAAGUUGAUCCACCAGUAACCGCUGUAAGUGAUUAUGGGCUUAUGGGUGGACACUAUUCUGUCAGAAAAGAUGUACAUUCCAAUGGUAAUGGACAAUACUCAUUCCAUACAGAGCAUUUUGAUGGCAGCAUGGUAAUGGAUGAAAGCCCGCAUGGCUAUGCAGAUGCAGACCAGUUAUAUGGAUAUGAUGGCAUGAAGAAUUGUCUGACCAGUGGAAGUAGUAUAAUCACUACAGAUAAUAGGUCAGAUCUUAGUGAUCAGUUGGACCAUGGAGCUAAAGGAUUAAAGGCUGUACUGGGAAUUGAUCAAGAUCAAGAUGGAGAAAAGAAUAGCCAAUUUUCUGGGAACAGCACAGGACUAUCACGUGAGCCAAGAUCAAUCACAGCAAUUAGUGAAAAAUGGUGUUCCCUGGAGCCCAGCAUUCCUACUUGGAGUAUUGUUCUGGGUGUUAAUUCACCUGAUAUGCUGACAGAUACGCGUAUAUUGGAACCAAAAACUCUUAUACUUUCUGAUGAUAAGAGAACGGAAACAAAUAUAAGUGACGCACUUGCAUUUCAGGCAACUUUAGAUAGUGUAAUACCUGAUUCUGGUUUAUGCAGUGCAAUGGUGUCAGAAGGUGGAUUCAUGCAUUCCCAUUGAAAGGGUUUCAGUGAGAAAGAAGACCUUGGGCUCCUC